AUGGGCAAUCGUGUUUAUCCUUGUAUCUCUGGUAGUCAAUAUAAAUUUGCCUACCAAAGAACUUUCGAAUUUUCGAAAUCGCAUUGUUUCUUUCAUCCACGGACUCUUUUUACUUGUUUCAAUCACAAUGGCAAUUUCUACCGGCCGGCGAAUGGGAAACAUAAAUGACGACUUUGAACUUACGGUAUUGCGAUUUCUUUCUCCCCCUCCGUGAGUUAAUAAAAAAUUUUGCUCGCUUACGGGAUUAAUUUUUUUUUAAAAAAUAUUUUAUUUAAUAAAUUUUAUAGUAAAUCUUUUUUUGAAAUUUAAAAAAAAUUCCAAUUCCCAAAAAAUGGAAAGCAAAUAUUUAUUUAAUUUGUAAAAUUUAUGUUUUAAAAUCAAUUGUUUAAAAUUAAACAGAAUUAGCUAGAGAUUUCAUUAUAAUAAUUAUACUUAUAUAUUAAAAAAAUUUUGUUCGCUCACAGAGGGUGUGCUUUGGGCAAAAAAUAGGGAUUUUCUAAUGGCUUUGCUAGCUCACGGAGGGGGAGUUAGGCUAUUUUAUUUAUGAUACAUUGCGUAUUUGAAAAUUUGGGAUCUAUGAUAACUUUAUUAUGCUUUAUCAUGGUCUUACAUUUGCUGCAGAUUUAACUGGGGUUUCAGGAACAUAUGGCACAGUUAAAAUUAUUUAUGGAACUUUUAUGGGAUUUAAAAAUGAAACAAAGAUAUUUAUUUAAAAAUAAUUUUCAACAAUCUAGAUAUAAUUUAUAUAAUGUAUUGGUAAAAUUUCGUUUUUUGCUUAUCUACAGUAAAUUAAUUUUAAAAUUUUAAAAGAAUUUGGCAUGUCAUUACAUAUACAAUGAGUUUAAAAUUGCUUUUUGAAAUUUUAAAAUUCACUUUACUUAUGAAAGCAAACGAAAAUUUAGGCAAGGGAUUAUAGAAAUUUAUUUUCCAAUAGAAUUUCAUUAAAUUAAUACGAGCAUAAAUAUUCUGAUCCAACUUUUUUUGCUAUGGUUUCUAAUCUAUUCUUACAUAUAAAAAAAAUACUAAAAUAUGCUGGACAAAAGGAAGCAAAGUCCUAUUUACUUGCUGAAUUGGCCUUUAUAGUAGCCUUCUUAAUUAUGAGACUUAUUCUUUGACCAAUAACUUAUGGAAUCGCAACAUCGUGGAAUGCUUUUUGGCUACUAAGAAUAGUGGGAUUUUAUAUAGAAAUGGAUUCAUUAAAAUGGUUGUUAGACAUGUAUUUUAUUGUAAAGAAAAGAUAUAGAAAAUACAAAAUAAGGCGCCGAGCAGGACAAAGUUUGCCUUGAUUUGUGAAGAUUAAGAAAGCUAACCCACCCCUCCAUGAGCGAACAAAAAACGCCUGUAAAAAAUCCCAACUUUUGUCCAAAAUUCUACACUCCAUGAAUUAAAAAAAUUCUGUAAAUAUAAAUUUGGGAAUUUGUUUUUAAAAUAAUACUCCUCUCAAGUGUGCGAACAAAAAUUUUUUUAUUCAUUCACUGAGGGGGGAAUGAGUAA